CACGAAUCAAUAUAUUAGUGGUCGACAAACAAAUAUUUUACUCAAAAAACUAUUUUCGAAUGACUCCAAUCAAGCAAGAAUAAUUGCUACUACGCAGGCUGGCUAUGAUGAUAAUGGUCAACCGUGCUAUUGCUCUCAAAAUCCAUUAUGCAACGUAGAAACACAUUAUCAAGAUUCAACAUCAUGGACAAUACCUGGUUUAUCAUUCAAGUGUUUCGUAUUUGAUUCAGUACUGCAGUCAUCUCUCAUAUGUUGGUAUAAUCAUCGUUGUCUAAACGAAGUGUUAACGAAAUUGGUCUUUUUUGAUACGUCUAAUAUUACUAUUCUUGAUGAUAAGCUACCAAGUAGAUUUCGUUCGAAUACUACAAUAAAACUUCUACUCGAUCAGAUGAUGAUCGAAGAAUGGGCUGCGACAAUUAAUUACACUGCGUUCUAUCAUAACUGCUACCCAACGUAUUGCACGUAUGCUUAUUAUGCCAAACAGAAUGCACUCUAUCUUAUUGCUACAAUGAUGGGCAUUUUUGGUGGUCUCGAUGUUAUUCUUCGAAUAGUUUGCUUGAUUGUUGUUCGAUUCUUAUUUCGAUGUAAGACUGCACCGCCUGGAGUCAGUACAUUGUUCCUGAACACACCAAACACGCCUACUCAGCAUCCUCGAUAUCAUCUACUUCUUUGCAAUGUUUGGAAUAUUAUUCGACAUGAAAUUAAAACGUAUAAUUUAUUUAAAAGCGGCUUCAACCAACUUCAUAUUAUUAAUCGUGAACGUUAUUCAACAAGACUCUAUUUCUUUCUUUUAUCUAUCGGUAUAUUUAUCAUAAUUAUUUAUUCGAUUUCGUCGAAAGAAACUGUUACUGAAAAGAUCGAAAGACCCACUCUAGCAAUGUACGAAAAAUUGUUGCAAUCAAAUGACUCCACGUGGCGAUGCCCAUGUUCCGACAUAUCGAUAAGCUACAGUCAAUUUAUAAAAAUAAAUAUUACAUUUCAUCAAAUUUGUUCAAGUGACUUCGUACAAAAAUCGUGGCUUAAUUUAUUGUUCAGCAACAGCUCUUCAUUAAUGUACGAGAGUUCUCAUUUCCGUAUGAUUCUAUCGGCAUAUUUCAAUUUCCUAUCAACAUUGUGCACACUUGCACAGACAACCAAACAUAAUGAUAUUCUGCGGUUUCUAUCAGAAAAAUGCAUAGGUGCUCAAUUGAUGCCCGUACCACUGUACCAAAUAGUACUCGAAGAUGCUAUGUAUCAAAUGAAGGGGCCCAGAUCUGGUCGAUUAAAUCGCAUUCUAGGACUUAUACAAGGUAUUGCAUACGGAAAUACUUUAAUAUCCAGUUAUUUAUUGAAUUGGUAUUGGCCAUUACAUAAUAAUAGCAGUCAGACAUUAGCUCGAGCACAUGCUAUGACUCUUGAUAAUUCAUGUUCAUGUAGAGCACACAUAGAUUGUGUUCAACCCGAAAGCAUUUAUUCGUCAGCAAUAAAUAGUUCACAUUGGAUGAUGCCUGGACUAAAUAUAGGCUGUUCUAUUAUUGACACAAUACAAAAUUCAACACUACAAUGUUUGUACAAUCAAACGUGCAUCGAUCUAUUACAACUCUUUAUUCAGAGAAGUCCCGAACGUCUUCCAAAUAACAUCAAUGCAACAGCUUUGAAUUCUAUGCUACACACUCGUUAUCCACCUGGCACUAGUAUCCUUCGAAUGAGCGAUCAGUUAUUUUUUCAAGAAGGACUAAUUGAGAUCUCUUACGUGGAAUUCUAUAAACAAUGUGCUCCAAACUAUUGUUCCUAUACAUUUGAAAAGCACAGCAAUUUUCUAGUUAUUAUUUCAAGGAUUUUAGCUCUUUGGGGUGGGCUUACUCUUAGUUUCGGAUUUCUUGCUCCAUGUAUUGUUCGACUGUGGUUCCAAAUUAAUACUUACCGGCAAAACAGCAGAAUACACCCUGCCGCUUAA